AUGAUUUCAAGGGGAUGUGUCACUUCUUUGUUGUACAUACCAUCGAUCGUUCAACACACACAGAGACCCUUGGAUGAGGACUGAUGUCGUCCUCCGACCCUUUCGUGAUUGCCGAUCCAGUCUACUUUUAAACCAAGAUCGCAUGCACAAGACCCCCACGUGGAGACAAUAUGUGGUUCUGCUCAGAAGUUGCCGGGGAGUCAAUGUCCCACCGUAGCAGAAAACCUAGAGAAUCGAUCCCUUCGGAAAACUUCCUUCAAUCAGACAACGAGGCUGAUAGAUCACGUGAUAUUGUAUCCUUCGAUUCCUCGAGUCUGAAGCAGGCUUCCUUGUUGGAAUAAAAUAUCUCAUCAAAACCCAGAUGAUUUUGCGUCACCCAUCACUGUCCAGUGCGCCGCGUCAAACCACCAAGUCACUGUCUCGUCCAGAGAGACCAGCUCUUUCUAAAUAUCUCUCAGCUACACAAGAACUCGGGGCUCGUGCCUGGUACGUGGUUGAUUCAGAACUCUCACAUUACUAGAUCAAACAUUCAUCAUGUCGUAUCCGACGCCUCCAGGUUUCAAGCCCGCCACCAGCCAGCCACCAGCAUCGUUACCUGCACGUCCUCCCCAAUCUGCAGUGAAUCCCAUAUCAUCCUUCAAGUCAAGCAGCUCCUCUAAACCCGCUUUCACCGCAUUUGCGCCACGAUCUGUUGCGUCUGCGAACCAGUUUCGCACAAACAGUCCUGCCCAGUACUCGGCACCUCCAGUUCCGUCAUACAACGUGCAAUCAUCCUAUCCCCAGCCGCAGAGCGAUUACUCCUCCAAACCUCACUACGAUGCUUCUUCAUACUCGAGCGGUCCGGCGAUUAGAAAUCCUUUCGUCCCCAAUACCGAAUCCUCCGCGGCAGGCUACCCACCUGGUUUCGACCCAGAAUAUGAAGCGCAGGUCCAACAAUGGCAGAGCGCCUACAUGAGCAAAGACUCUGGAAACUUGGCCGCCAGACCAGCCGGUGCAUCUACCGGAACCUCUACGCCAGCAAUAGCAGCACAAGGCAGCACUGCCCGCUCUGAACAAUCCGCCCAAGUCCCCGAAUCUUCCACCGACAAGACCGUCCAGCGAAGCGGCGGUGGCACGACAUGGACCGACUCGACAUUGUUAGAAUGGGACCCCGCUCAUUUCCGCAUCUUUGUGGGAAACCUGGCAGGUGAAGUAACCGACGAGUCCCUCCUUAAGGCCUUCUCUCAAUAUCCGUCGGUCCAGAAAGCUCGCGUCAUCCGAGAUAAGCGAACGACCAAAUCGAAAGGCUAUGGUUUCGUCAGCUUUGCCGAUGGAGACGACUAUUUUCGUGCCGCCAGAGAACAGAAUGGCAAGUAUAUCGGCAGUCAUCCUAUUAUAGUGAAAAAGGCCAUGACUGAUGUACGCGCCACGACGGUCAAACAAAAUAACCCGAAGGGCAAAAAAGGUGGCUCUGGCGGUCAUGGCAAAGUCCAACAUGGUGGUGUCAACAAAAAGCAAUCAAAGACGAAAGGCGGACUGAAGGUCUUGGGCUGAACGAGAAAAGUGAAGGAUUGCCAAAUAUCCCUCUCGUUAGUUUUGGUGUUGGUGUCUCUCGGUGGGAAGUGUUCGCUCACUUUGAGAAGUUCUUCCUAGAAGGAAAACAUCCAGCCACGCCCACCAGACCAGCAGCCCGCCAUAUCAUCAAGGUGACAACACCACCAUCACCGUUUAUCCAUUGACCAGCAAGCAUCGAAUCGAGCGCUUCAUCGGACGAACAGGGCAUCGUCCAUGUUGAGGGCCAACACGUCGACGAAAGAUCCUCCGCAGACCUCCCAGAAACAGAACCUGCUGGUCAACACGGACACUGCAAGCAUAAUGCAUCAAAAGAUACCAGGGCAGCAGAUCAUAUCGGAAUACAGAGCCUACCCACGCCUUUAGCCACGAGAUAUGAUACUCUAGACCAAGGUACUGAUUAGAAUUCAAGUGCUUUGUCACUGGCCACUGGACCCUCAAGGUAAAUAGGUGAUGGCAAGGGAGGGACAGGGGGCCGUGGCCUACGGAAGGGUGGCUACGAAUGUUACGACAAUGGGUCGCUGCUAGGACCAAUGACAUUGAAAUAAAGUCAUUUCCUCUUAUAGGCAGCAAGUCAGACAUGAGAAAUCAUAAUAGGAAUUUUACAUCAGAUAACCCAUCUCCAAGUACGACGACAACAAAAAAGUACAAAGCGUGUUUGUUUCCACUCCAAAGAUCCACAAUCUACUUGUGGUGGGUGACUGUCAUGGUAAUGAGUUCGGCCAGUCUCCUGACAACACGGAUUUGCAAUCUUUCUCCUAAUAACCAGAUCAUGGGCAGACGCCAAUCUACAUGCCAUGCUUGUCAGCACCUUUCUUCCACUGCUUUGAUGUUACAGUCAUAACGCUGAUAUGUCCCCUUCUAGCAUCCCUUUGUGAUCCGCCACGCCCUGGCUCCCUGGCUCGCAUCUCAAUGCAUAGUGGCCACGGCACCUCGAGCCAUAUCGUCUGGAUCUAGACUG